AACAGAAACAGGCUGCCCUUACUGGGCGGAUUAGACUUCUCACUCCAGCUGCGUGGACGGGACCACACAUUUCGGAACUCGCCAACAGAAAAGCAAAUUCACUCAUGUUUUGAACGUUUUAAGAUCGAGCGUCAAUUAGAGACUUCUUUACGUAUUUCAAAGGUUCUCCACAACCGUAAGGAUGUUUUUUUCUUUUUCUUUUUUUUAAAUGAUCGCAUCUAAAAAUCUGAAUGGACGACUCGGUGCUUUACAAGGACAUCUGAAUCCUCAAUGUGACCUCAAGGUUUCUACAGGCUUCCAGGAGGUUCGGAGAACAUCUGCAACAUUUAAACUAUAAUAAUGCAACAUCCUUUGGAGAUUGGGGCGCACUACUACCCCCCGGAUGCCCAUCCAGACCAAAGGUCUCACAGGUACAGGAGUUUCAUGAUUGAAGAGAUUCUUACAGACCAUCCGGACCACAAGGUAUCAAAUCCCACUGGAGACCUUCUUAAAUUUGGAGUACAUGCCCUUUUGUCCGCCAGACCAUACCACAACCACUUAGUCCUGAAAGCAGACCAGACCAGUAUCCUGAAGUUUCCAGUGUCUCCUCUGGCCUGCUCGCUCGGGGCGCCGUUGGGCUCUGCGCUUCUAUCCGGCGCCGCGGGUCUGCAGGUGGGCUCCUCAUCCCAUCAUCUCCCGCUGGACCUCCAUCUUCGGGGAAAGCUCGACCCUGGAGCUGAUGCAGUAGGCAAGACUAAGAAGGGAAGAAGGAGUAGAACUGUGUUUACCGAGCUACAGCUGAUGGGCUUGGAAAAGCGAUUUGAGAAACAGAAGUAUCUCUCAACUCCUGACAGAAUAGACCUAGCAGAGUCUCUAGGCCUGAGUCAGCUUCAAGUCAAAACAUGGUAUCAAAACAGAAGAAUGAAAUGGAAAAAAAUCGUGUUGCAAGGAGGAGGACUAGAGUCACCGACCAAACCAAAGGGCCGUCCGAAAAAGAACUCCAUCCCCAGCAGCGAGCAGCUGUCGGAGCAGGAGAGGACACGAGACGCGGACCGCUUAUCCGACGGCGGGGCUUCUUCACUUUCUGAUGCAAACCAAGAGGAAUAAACGAGAACAUCCGUGCGAACAUGUUUAUCUCCAGGACGCGAACGGGCCUAAAGUUGGCCUCUUUGGAUCAUGCCUUUAUGUUGGCACUUACAGACCUAACCACUCGACCUGAUUUUAUACUACCUAUGUUUUGUCUGUUUGUUUGAUUAGCCCAACUUUCGCGGGACUUGAAAAGUCAUAGUGAACUUUUUCCAGGGACCAGAGCGGUGGUUAUAGGCUAGUGACUGGUCUUUUUCUCAGCAAUGAAAGCUGUGGUAUCAUGAACUUUUUAUCGGCAUAUAUUGUGCUUUUUUACGCUUAUCAUUGGUAUUUUAAAAAUAUGAAAAAAAAAAUUAAAAUGUCAAUUUUUCG